AUGACCGACCUCCGUGAAACGUCUCAGAUGAUGAAGACUUUGAUGGAGAGAGGCCACCAGACGCAGUGCGUGUUUGGAGACAAGGGCUUGGGAGGAGGCACCCAGGCGAGGGUCGUCGGCGUUGCUGGACUGGUCGCGGACGCCUCGGGUCUUGCUGAUAUGCAGAGGGUCGCGAUGGGUGCGAUGCCCGAUGCCACGAGGGUUGAGAUUGUGUUUCGGUUUUCAAAGGACGAUGCCGACAAUGGUCAAACCGCCCCAGCUGAGGAGAUCAGUUCCGAUGAGGGUGAGGGGAUGGUGCGUGGUGGACGUGUUGAUCGUCCUGUCGACUUGGUGAAGACAGAGGUAGACGACAACGACGACAACGACGACAACGACGACAACGACGACAACGACGACGACGAUGAAAUAUUUGUUGCACAGCCGAAGAAGCGCGCCAGACCUGUCUCCAAUAACAAAAUCAAGUCUGAGAGCAGUAUCGACCCUGAGAGCAGCGUCGAACCUGAAGAGAUCGAGGAGCCGGCCGAUCUGCCCUUUUCGUUGUUCGAGCGAGGAGACUCGGCGUCCUUGUAUUGA